AUGGCGGACGACGCGCCUCUGGCCUCGCUGUCUCUGACACAUGUCUACUAUGACCCGGAUGACAACAUAUCGUACCUCUGCGCGUGGCUGGCCCUCGUCCCGCAGGCCCUCUGCAUCGUCUACGUGACGCUGAUCUGGUCGACGCGCGAGGCCGAGGUGGCGCUCAUGUUCGCGGGCCAGCUGGCCUGCGAGGCGGCCAACUUUGUCCUCAAGCGGCUGCUCAAGCAGGAGCGGCCCAGCCGCAUCCACAAGACGGGCAAGGGCUACGGCAUGCCCUCCAGCCACGCCCAGUUCGUCGCCUUCUGGGCCGUCGCCAUGGCCCUCUUCCUCCUCGUCAGGCACACGCCCAGCUGGACGGACCAUGGGUACGAGCCGAGGUCGGCUGCUGCCGAUCGGGGACCUCCGAGCCGCGGGAGGGGAGGAGAUACUCGGCAGGAUGGGGGCGACGGCGGCAGCAACUCCACGAGGCCGGCGCGCCGGGCUAGCAGCUGGGGCCAGGAGUGGGUCAUGGUCGAGACCUACGCGCACCGGCCGUGGUCAUACGCGGAGCGCGCCGCCGCCGCCUUGUUCGUGCUGGGCGUCGCCGCCCUCGUCGCCUGGAGCAGGGUCUACCUCGGCUACCACACCGUGAACCAGGUCCUGGUCGGCUGCCUGGCGGGGUCAGCCUGCGCGGUGGCUUGGUACGCCGCCACCGCAUUUUUGAGGACUACGGGGCUGUUGGCCUGGGCUCUGGAGUCGCCCUUCGCCCGGGGGCUGCGGGUCAGAGAUCUGGUGGUCAGUGAGGACUUGUGCCAGGCGGGAUGGGAGAAAUGGGAAGAUAAGAAGGACAGCGAUAGUCGUUCUGCCCCGGCUUUUCUCGCCACUCCUGCAUCGAGGAAGAAAAAAUAG